CCCAAAUUGAACCCGCGUGCCAGCUCAUUCCUUCCUUGGUACACAACCCAACCCCGACUUGCUUUUGGCUUCCCGUCUCUCCCCCCCGUUCGUUCGCGCCGGCGCGGAAACCCCGCGCUCCCAGCCCUAGAUCCCAUCCGCUCUCCCGUCCGUGCUCACCGCAUCCUCCCCUCGCCGCCGCCGCCGCUACGGCCCCGCCACGCUCGCGCGACUGGGAUCCAUUCAGGCGGUCGAUUGGCUCCUCGUUCCCUUCGCUGGUUCUGGUACUUCACUGUUGUGUCAACAUUAUUACUGAAAUAUUAUUGUUUUCCCUACCAUAUGGGGUUUGAGUCCAUAUCACCUCUACCAGAAGAUCAUGCAGUGGAUAUAAGUGAGGUUGAAACCUCGCAAGUUAUGAGCUGUGAUUCAACAGUCAUAGAAAAGGUGGAAAAGUGCCUGAGUGAGGAACCUUUUCUGCUAGUUCUUUCGGAAAAUAAGGAAAACAAAGAAUCCGUUGGUACAACUUGUUAUCUUGAUAAUAUUGCUGAGGCCAUCACUCCUAUGGGAGAUGCACUUGAAUUGUCUAUCUCAAGUGAGGCUCCAGAUGUGGGCUGUGAGACACCGCGAGAAAGCAUCUUUGAUCCUUUUGCUCCAGGACCAGAUGUGGCGGCGUGGGCACCAAAGAAGCAAGUAAUUAGUGGUGCAGAAGUUACUUCCCGCCGGAUGCUAAAUUUUGAUUCAGGUGACUUUCCGGUUAAAAGGUUAAGUUUCGAUUGGAGUGAUUCUGAAGAGGAGGAUGAAUAUCUCCAAGUGAUUCAGAAGAUGAUCCUUGAUCUAUUUAUUUCAGAUGUUCCUCUUGAUCAGCAGGAAGGGUCUGAAAAGAUCGUGAUAGAUUCAAGACUAUAUGAAAGCUGUAAGACACCUGAUUCAAAGCCUCUACUUAAUGGCAUUGCAUCCACAUGCCCAUCUGCACCUUUGAGACCAUCACAUAAAGUGUUAAAACUCAGCCCAAGCAUUUGCCGGAAGAUUGACUUCGAUGCAGUCAGUGAUUCUGUGAGUCCAAGAUCUUCAGUCAUUAAAGAAGAUUGAUGGGCCUGCCCCUAUCGAUUGACAAGUAAUGAGCUGUGCAUUUUGGGACUGAAUAAAACAUCCUGAUGACGCCCUGGGAGCGGCAUUUGGUACUGUUGUUGGCUGCCUAUCUAACAAUCUCAUGUAUCAGUACUAUGCCAUUGUGGUAACUUAGCUAACCCUGGACCUCUAGGGAUGAUUGCUAAUGUUAGAGAAGUAGCAAGCAGUUUAAGUUAUACAUGUAAUCUAUUUUAUUUUCCUAUUUUUAUUUUUUCUUUUGUAACUGGCCCAGUGGUACCUCCUAGAUUUAUAUGAGUGCAUGUGGUCUCUGACCGUGUGUUUUGUAAAUCUUAAUGUUAAAUGACUAGUUCUGUCCGAAUGAAGUAAUCUCACUUAGAUGCA